UGACUGACUUGGAUGGGAUGGGGUGUACGGAGGAAGGUCUGUUGGAUAGACACAUACUCAUUGGAAUGACCUGACUGACCACAUACAUUUGGUUGACAAACGAAAGGGACGGACGGCAAUCUGACUGAUUCCACACGCACGCACGCCUAACCCAAAAACCAACUCAUUCAUGUCUGUCUGUCUGUCUGUCUCUGUCUGUCUCUGUCUGUCUGCACUCAUCUCUCUCUCGCCACACCAGACGACCAGAUCCCAUCACACCACAGUCAGUCCACCACAGCACGAACGAAACAGCACAUGAGCACUAGCGCUUCCGUCUGCUGUCGUCCGCCUCUCGAGCGUCGCCACUGUUUUCGUCCAUCUGCAUGGCCGCCAUAUCAACCUACACACACACACACACACACACACAGAGUCAGACACACACUUUGAAAGCACAGCUCAGAUGACAGACACUCAGCCUGCCUGCCUCGGUGCCCACAAACAUACAUGCUGUUUGAACACUGGCCAGUCGACCUCCCCCGAGCGAUCCUUCCGCAGCCCCAGCCUUUCCAGCAGCCCCGGCCCCCUCCCGCCACCAUCCCUCGCGCCACCCAGCCACGGAGGGCUCAGGUUCAGACCCGUCAGCAGCUGACCCGAUGGCCGCUGGGAGCCGUCCCAGCUCCUCAGCUCAUUGCCCAUCGACGGCUGGUUAAGCUGGUGUGUCUGAAGCUGCCUUCUCCGCUCUGCGUGUCGUGUUGCCCACGACUGCAGCUGCCGCGAGACGUCCUCUUUGCGCAGGUAGAGCUUGUCGCCGGCGAGGCUGAAGAAGAGCGCCUCGAGGGCCUCGUCCCUGAUGGGCUCCUUCCACGCCGCAUCGUUGACGCGCUGGCGCAACUCAGGACUGUCCUGAACACACACACAAAGCAACACACACACAAAGCACCCAACUCAACUUACUUUUACGUGACUCUCCACCCCAUAUAUAGCUUCUCUGGCUGGCUGGCUGGCUGCACGCCCCACGCAUUCACCGGUUCCCUCGAGAAGCCCUUUUCGUAACUGUAGAGGAGGUAGAAGGGGAACUUGGCCUCCUCGGGCCACCUGAACGGCAGCUGCUGCACACACGCCUUAAACGACCUCUUGCUCAGUACGGGCUUUUCGUCAAACAGCGCCUCCCACCGUGGCGGUGUGCCGCCGCCCAUGACGCUCCCCGCCCGCCGGGUCCGCACUGCCGUGGACCAGUCCGCCGUCUGCUCGGCCAGCCGGCCAUAAAUCUUGAUCAGAUCUUGGACUUCGUAGCGGAACUUGGGGUCAGCCGAGUAGAAGGUGGGGUCAAAGGUGCUGCGGAAGGCGAUGUUGGGCGGCCGGUGGCGGACGGCUGACGAGAGGACGGGCAGGAGGGCACAGAGGGAGAGGAAGGUUGGGAGCAGGGGAGGAGGAGGCGAUGAAUGAAUGGCUGACGCACGGGACUCGCACUUGCUGGACUGCUCGGCAGUAGCUUCCUCUCUAUCAUGGCUCAUCGGAUCUCCUCUCGCC